UCAAUUUGGAAUUCAGUGCGCUUUAUGUCAAGCAUAGGAAACCUUAAUUACACAAGUUUUAUUUUCUUAUAGAUGCACACAGAAAAUUAAAAAUUAGAGGUUGGUGUCUGCAAAUGUAUUAAGAACCUAACCAAAUUGUUUUUGAUAGCAAAAAAAAAAAACAAACCAUCACAAGAUGCCGGCUACAUUUGGGUUGCUUUUUAAACACAAUCUGCAAAUCGAAUUGGCUCUUUGGAGGCGCACUUUGUUUGAAUGGAUUACCGUUAUCAUAAUGUUGAUUUUAAUACUUGCCAAUCCCAUUUCCCACGUAAAAAAAGCGCUCUAUAGUCACACUGAUUAUGAAGCAGACCGGUCCAUGGCAAUCCAUAAGCUGGAUUCUAUUAAUAUACUCACGAGCCUGGUCGACUCAAAGCGUGCACAAACCAAAUAUAAGCUAGUCUACUCGCCGGUUACGGAAUUUGCAAAAGAGAUCGCAGAAACCGUGACUAGUGAACUAGAGUUAAAUAAUUCCGUUGGCUAUGAUAAUCAAGAAACUUUGCAAAAUCAAUUUGAUGACCGCACCACGCUGGCUGGUGUUAUUUUUGAUAGAUUGGAUAAUGAUAAUGAAGGUGUUCCAAAGGUGCUUUCCGUAUCUAUACGUUUCCCCAGCGAAUUUCGAACAAUUAGUCCAUUUCUUACCGAAGAACGUCUAUGGUUAACUCGAUGCUCCGGCGUUGUUAAUCCAAAACGAGAUAAUGUCAAGGAUGAACACGUAAAUCAGGAUAUUUAUAUUCGCGAAGGCUUCCUUCAGUUACAGCAUCAAAUAUUUUUGGCAUGGUUCCACAAGAUACGUACUCAGGAUCCUACAAACUAUACAGAGCCCCAAGCCGAAGUUUUCAACGUUCGACUCCGUAUGGCCAACGAGCGGUGCUUUUCAAUGGACUUCGACUCUAUUCCAUCGUUUCUAUUCAAUUUCAUUUAUCUGUUACCAUUUAUAAAUGUUAUACGGAAUAUAGCUGCACAAAUGAAGGAUAAUGUUCUGACACAUCAAUGGCACUAUGGAUAUAGUUUUUGUACACAAUAUACAUGCAUAGUGCUUGUGUUGAUGAUACGUCUUGGUUGCCUUGGGCUUUUAAUAAUGGUCGCAACCUUUAUUUACUGGUCCGUUGCUGAUGGGAUCUUUGCUCCACUAGCAUUAUUGCUAAUAAUUGUGUUUAUGCUGAUCAUAACGAUGGAGCUGAUCUUAACGGCUCUAAUCAUAUCAAAGAUCUUCAGAGACGAAAUCAAUGGGGUACUCUUUGCUGUCAUCAUUUGGACGUUUAAUUAUGCGGUCUUUGGGCUAAUGCUCAAACGUUAUUGGGACUUACACGGGGUCUAUGUUUACUUUAUAUUGAUGAUAUUUUUUAGCAAUCAAAUACCGCAUACUGUGCAAAUGAUUCAUCGUGUAAUUGAUGAACCGGGAACCCUCAAUAUUAUGGACUAUCUUUCAUUUUUUUUAUCUGGAUUGCUUAAUCUACUAGUUUCCAUAAUUAUUCUAUGGUUUCUACAGUGGCGAAUGCCCGGACGAUUGUUAAGUCGGCGUAUGAUAUAUAAGAAACGGCGACGGCAGAGUGCUGUAGAUAAUGCCCCUAUCCAUAUGGGGCGUUCACCUAGCUGGCAUAAUUUUGAAUUUGGGGAUGUUGGCAGCAAGGAAAUAGUCCGUUUGCGUCAUAUAUUCACAUCGCAUCGGACAUCUGAGCGCAAAAUACUAAAGAAUAUUUCAAUGCGAAUCUAUGUGGGUGAGAUCUAUGUACUAUUGGGUCAUAUGGGAUCCGGUAAGCUUACUCUGUUGCGCGUCUUAUGUGCACUUAAAUACCCAUUACGCGGUCAUGUCCUCUAUUUGGGGGAGAAUAUUUAUGCUAAUUUACGUCGCUGUCGAAACAUUGUGGACUUUCGAAGCUUCGAGAAUGGCCUUUCACCUGAUUUAUCAAUUGACAAGACCAUUAGCUACCAUGUUCAACUAAAGCUGAGUGAUCUGAGCUCGAAUCGUUACAAUUUGGAGUAUAACAAGUGGAUAGAUAUUAUUGAAAAGCAUAUAGCAAGCCGCAAGACACGAAUCAGUAAACUUACAUACGGUGAGAGACGAGUCGUCGGCCUUUGUUGCGCAAUUGCAGGCGACACGCAACUAAUUGUUUUGGAGGAGCCCACUAAGGAUAUGACGGCACAUGAGGCGCGAAUAUUCUGGAACAUUGUGUCCCUCGAAAAGGAGGGGCAUGCUUUUGUUGUUGCCACCUAUAGCAUCGAUGAGACCGAGGCCAUUGCGGAUCGCAUUGGCAUCUUAAGCAUGGGUGUACUGGAAGCGAGCGGUACUCCUUUCUUUCUACGUUCCAAAUUCAGCAGUUCUGUUGAGUUGGUGUUAAUCAAGAAACCCCAUAUACCGGAUACUCCAAUAACAGAGUUCAUAUGCACUUAUAUACCGAGAGCCGAACCAGAAAAUGAAAUCGGUGACACAUUGACCUAUAAAAUAAAUGCUGAGCAUAGGCCUCGUUUGCAAAAGAUGUUAAUACACUUGGAGAACGAUCGCAAGAAGCUGGGCAUUGAGAACAUACGAGUCGUGGGCUCUGAAAUGUCGGACAUUUAUAUGAAGCUGGUGACAUCGUUUCGACUUCAGCAGCAGUUUAUUCCCGAUGUCACGCAAACCUUUAAAUACGCUGUGGUAUCGAAGAAACAACUGAAAAAGCAACAAGUUCGCGCCAUGUUCUUCAAAAAGAUGAUCCAUUCCGCACCUAAUGUGUGGCCCAUUGUCAUGAUAUUUACUUGCUUUAUACUUAUCGUGAUUAUCACUCGAUUGGCAAUAGUACUGACUGUGCCCAAAGUGCGAACUAACAUGAUUCCAAUUGGCUUCAAAGGUAGCGAGGAGAACUUAAAGAAAAUACCAAAUAUUAAGGAAUGCAGCUAUAUUGACAUUAAAUCAACUUCCCAUAUACCUUCAUACAAGAAGGCUAAUAAAUUAUCGCGCACCUUUGAAGCGAACUCGUUUUCCUGCGAGAAGGGCGAAUAUAAACACACAGUGAGUAGCGGCGCGAUGACCAGCUUGGGCGCAAUACAGCAAGUUGGCCAGGACCUCUAUGGUUAUAUUAGCCAGGAUACGUUCCAUUCAGCACCUUUGCUGCUAAACUUACUACACAACAUCAUAAUACAGUUAUUGUACACGAAUAAGACGGAUUAUGCAGCCCUAAUGGACUGUCAUCCGAUGCCGACACCGCUCUCCAUGAAGAUCAAUCUACUGGACAAUGAGUUAGCCCAUAUCAAUGCUCCACUUGCAGUAGGUUGCAUAUUGCCCUUGGUUGUGUCAAUUUUCAUCAUACCAUUGGCGGAGGAGCAGAUAUGCCGGCUGCGCGUAUUGCAGGUGAUCGCAGGUUUGCGAUUGCAGAUAUAUUGGGGCGUCAAUCUGCUCUGGGAUCUAUUCACAUAUUUUAUCUAUACGGUGAUAAUUGUAAUUAUUGUGGCUUGUACGAACAUUGGUGACUUUGGUAUGACUGAAAAUAUGCUGCUGCUGCUGCUGCUUACUAUUUAUGGGCUGGCCGCCCUACCGAUCACCUAUGUGAUAUCCAUGUAUGUGAAUAGGUCUGUUGUACGCGCCUUUCUUGUCUCUGUUCUGUUUCAGAGCCUCACGGGCUUGGUGCUCUAUAUUGUCUAUUGGGAUGUCGCCAAAAGCAAUAUCAUCUUCUUCUAUGGGGCGUGCCUGUCGCCUGGCUUUUCGCUGCUCGACGGGAUAAGCAACAUCUACAUAAGUUGCUUGGAGAAGCGUUUGUGCCAGACUAAGUGCGCUGCUCUUGAAAACUGUCAUAUCCAAAAUAUGCACGAGCUGGUGCCCCAUUGCGAUUUUAAUACACACUUUGAAUGGGCCGAUCCUGGUAUAUUACCAGCUUUGACCUUCAUGAUACUGGCAACGGUUAUUGGACUUCUCUUAAUAUUCUGGAUCGAGCUGCAUCGCAAAGAAAAAAAGUUUCAUUCAUCCAAAAACUUAAGUAAUAUGCGUACAGCAACCUACCCUUUCGAUGACAGCGAUGUGGCAGAUGUAAAACAAAAGAUCGCUGAGGCGGAUAUGAGUAAGUGUAAGCAGUCGGUGUUUCUUGUCGAUCAGGUUGAAGCCAAACUACCUGUCAGGGGAAACAAAGUGGAUACGGUUUCUUUUGCGCUAAAUAAAUAUAUGAGUAUGGGUAUCUUUGGACCCCGAAAUUCUGGCAAAAGCCAUCUAAUACGGCAGCUGGUAGGCGUGGAUGGGUUUGCGUUUGGCGAAAUCUAUGUGAGGGGUCUGGACUUCAAAUACGAUCUUGACACCAUUUUAGGUUACGUUGGCUACUGUCCACAGCAUUACGGACUUCUCAACCAACUAACACCUCGCGAACACAUCCGUUUGUUAUGUAUGAUACGUGGCGUGACAGAGAACAAGAUCGGUGAAAAAAUGCACGACAUUUGCCUAAUGCUCAACAUGACGGGCUGGAUGCAUCGCAAAUGCGGCUCCUUGACGCCGGAAAAGCGAAGGAAAGUAAAUGUAGCACUAUCCUUAGUUUCCUACAAUAAGAUUUUCAUUCUGGAUGAGCCCACCUGUGGCAUGCCAUCAACGACGCGACGUGAAAUCUGGAAUAUUUUACGCUAUUUACGUUACUGCGGCAAGACCAUUAUAUUUGCCACCAACGAUGAGUUGGAGUGCAAGGUGCUAGCCGACUUCAUACUGCUCUUUCAGAAUAGCGAAAUGUUGGCCAUUGGCAGUAUGCAAUAUCUGCGCUACAAAUACAGUCAUGGCUUUUACCUUGAGGUGCGACUUGUCCGUGAUGGCACUACUGUAGAAGAAUCGGAGGCCAAUUUACGCAAAGAUGUUGAAAAUUUGGCACGUUUCAUCAACUUUCUACAUGAUAAAUCGGAGCUGGUCGGUCGUAUGCAUAACUGGUUCAAGUAUUAUAUACCUGUGGGUCACAUCGUCUACUCGUUUCUUUAUGGUGCCAUGGAGAAAAACAAGGUGCGGCUCAACGUUUACGAUUACUGCAUCUACCAGGCUAGCAUGAACGUUGUGAUUGCCCAGGUCCAGGAGACCCGAGCCGAGCUGAAGCGCCACAUGGAAUUGAAUCUGGAUAGAAUAAGGCGGGCAGAAAAUAAAAAUUCUGGCCGCUGACAGGAUACAUUUUUUACCUGUUAAUUCAUCAGUUUGUUAUGCAUAAGUGUACGUUGAUAUAUGGUAGUAAUAAAUUGGUGCUAUAUAAUUGAAUUCACCGAACUCAA